CAGUCUUCCAGUAGCGAUCGCACGCAAGGGAGAACAGUAUCGUCUGCUGAGUGGUGGUCCGAGUUGUGAUGUGCGUUUCCUGACUGUUCUUAGUUUCGUUUGGAAUUAGUUUUCGAAUUUUUUGUUUUAUUUAAACUGAUUUUAAUUGUUCUUUUUUCAAGUGAUAAUCAAGUUUAAAAUUCUAUUUUUAGUACUGAUAAUUUAUUUAUUUUCUCCUCUAUGAUAAAAAAGAAUAAACAAAAUAAAGUUAAGGUCGUUAUUCCAAGUUCCGCUUCCCCUUCCGCAACGAUAAGUUUUGUCUUAUGAGGAGCUGCUAAAGUGUUAAUUACGGAGAUGACGUGGCGGCACUGACCGGCUGUGAGCGGGUACUUCUAGAAUAUGGAAGAUUUGAUCAAGAUUGUCAAGGACCUGUCCAGCAAGAGAAGAACGAACCUUUUAUUAGUGUCCUCGACCAUCUUGCUGGUCACGUUCAUGGUAUGCACAGAGAACAGUGAAGCCAAGAAAUGGACAAUGGAAGAACUAGCCGCUACAAAUUUCCAACACAAAGUUUCCAACGAUGUUUACAUGGAUCCUUGCAAAUCAGAUGGCUUUGUAGGUGAUAUAGCUCUUAGUCGUUUAGAAAACGAACAAUAUGAAAAAGAACUCGAACAACAAGAAAAAGACAAGCAGGCGCAACUAGCCAAAAAAUUGGUCGCCAGUGCCAAAAAUGCCACCGAAAUAGCCAAGAAAAGGCACCGGAACGCCAAAAAGUUAUCCAGGAAAAACCUGAGGUCUAAGAAACGCCUGAGGCAUUCAGGAAAGAAUCGACGGAAAUUAAUCCCUCUCGACAGAACGAAGCGCGCAGCCACUGCACGGCCCGAGAGAUUAUGGGACAAAGCUGUAAUUCCCUACGAAAUUGAAUCCAAUUUCAGUGGCGAUCAUCGAGCUUUGUUCAAGCAAGCCAUGCGACACUGGGAGAACUACACGUGUGUUCAGUUCGUCGAGAAGGAGGACCAUCCAAACUACAUAGUUUUCACGGAAAGGCCCUGCGGUUGCUGUUCCUUCGUGGGGAAGCGCGGUAACGGACCUCAGGCAAUCUCCAUCGGGAAGAACUGCGAUAAGUUUGGCAUUGUGGUGCACGAACUUGGACAUGUGGUGGGCUUUUGGCACGAGCACACGAGACCGGACAGAGACAAGCAUGUACAGAUCAUCAACAAGAAUAUCAUGACCGGUCAGGAGUACAAUUUCAACAAACUGACAGAGGAGGAAGUUACGUCAUUAGGUCUAGCCUAUGACUACGCUAGCAUUAUGCACUAUGCAAGGAACACAUUCUCCAAGAGCACUUACCUUGAUACCAUCUUACCUCAAGAGGAUCCAACUCAGAGGAAACGACCGGAAAUUGGACAAAGAGUUCGGCUAAGUGAAGGGGACAUAGCACAGACCAAUCUUCUAUAUAAAUGCCCAAGCUGUGGCAAAUCAUUGCAGAACCCUAGCGGCAUACUAUCAUCUCCAGAGUACCCUAAUUCGAAUCCCCCCUCGGACGGAGAACGCUGUGAAUGGAGAAUCACAGCUACACAAGGCGAGAGAAUCAUUUUAAAUGUUACGGAAAUAGAUCUACGCUUAUCAGAUAACUGUGAAACUGAUUAUCUUGAAGUUAGAGAUGGAUAUUGGUACAAAUCACCAUUACUGGGCAAAUUCUGUGGAGAUACCAAAGUCCCGGAUGUUUUAAUCAGUAGCAAGUACAGAAUGUUGGUCACUUACAAGACUUCGUCACAUCACAAUGCACAUAAAGGAUUUAAAGCCAGUUACGAAGCUAUUUGUGGCGGUGACGUUAUUCAGGAAAAAGGAAUUCUACACAGCCCUAACUAUCCUGAAGAUUACUGGCCUAACAAAGAGUGCACGUGGCGAAUAACUGUGCCUGAAAACCACCAGGUGGCGCUGAAGUUCCAAUCCUUUGAAAUUGAGAACCACGACAAUUGUGUUUAUGACUACUUAGAAAUUCGAGAUGGGCAUGAAAGCACAAGUCCACUGUUGGGCCGAUUUUGCGGGUACAAGAACCCAGAAGACAUCCGUUCGUCCAGUAACAAGAUGACUGUCAAAUUUGUGUCUGAUAGAUCAGUGCAGAAGGCUGGUUUUGCAGCAGAUUUCAUAAAAGAACUUGAUGAGUGCAAGGGAGACCAUGGUUGCGAACAUGAAUGCACUAAUACUCUGGGAGCUUACAAAUGCGAGUGUAGAAUUGGAUAUGAAUUGCAUUCAGAUGGAAAGAAGUGUGAAGAUGCGUGUGGAGGAGUGAUCGAAGAAACCAACGGGACGAUAAUCAGUCCAUCAUUUCCGGACUUAUAUCCCCCAAAUAAAAUAUGUAUCUGGGAGAUUAUAGCACCGCCUCAAUACAGGAUCACACUCAACUUCACACACUUUGAUCUGGAGGGAAACAACCAAGACUGCGAGUACGACAGUGUAGACAUCCGGAGCAAGAUGGCGGACGACGAGAUUCGUAAGCAUGGAGUAUUCUGCGGCUCAAGGUUACCACCGCUCAUCACCUCGGAAGGUAACUCUCUCCGCAUUGAAUUCAGCUCAGAUAAUUCAGUUCAAAAGAGUGGAUUUGGAGCCCUUUUCUUCACAGAUAAAGAUGAGUGUGCCACAAACAAUGGGGGGUGUCAACAUAUUUGCAAGAAUACUAUUGGUAGUUAUGCGUGCUCCUGUCACAAUGGAUUUGUUCUGCACGAAAAUCUGCACGACUGUAAAGAAGGUAGCUGUAGUCACCAGAUGACCACACCCUAUGGAGAAAUCACAAGUCCCAAUUUCCCAGACUCUUAUCCUAGCAGAAAAGAUUGCACUUGGCUGUUCACGACCACGCCUGGUCACAGAAUCAAACUGGUUUUCUUAGAGUUCGAAUUAGAGCCUCACCAAGAGUGUGCCUAUGACCGCAUCGCAGCGUACGAUGGAAAAGACGACGAUGCGCCCACCCUUGGAAAGUUCUGUGGUAGUAAAAUACCCCAUCCCAUUCUUGCAUCUGGCAAUCGAAUGUACCUCGUUUUCAAAUCAGACGCUUCUGUGCAAAGGAAGGGUUUCAGAGCCACCCAUAAAACAGUGUGUGGAGGUCGAUUGUUAGCACAUCGUGAAAUGGAGCACCUUUACUCCCACGCUAAGUACGGGGACCAGAACUACGACAACAAGGAGGACUGUGACUGGAUCAUCCAGGGGUUGAACGAGAACAGAGUAAGAUUGAGAUUCCUCACCUUCGAAGUGGAACACGAGCAGGACUGCGGUUACGAUUACGUAGAGAUUUUUGAUGGAGAUGAUGAUUCUGCUAGAAAUUUCGGAAAAUACUGCGGCAAUAAAGUUCCGGCUGAAUUUUUCUCAAGUGGGGAUGUUCUUAUGGUCCGGUUCCGUUCGGACGACACGAUCAACACCAAAGGCUUUUCAGCUGCGUACAUGGCGUACGAUGUACCCCUGGAAGAAAAUGAAGACAUCAUGGAGCGAUAUCAUCUUUAACAAAGAUUAAAAUCAUAAACCCCUUAAUCAACCUUUGUACAGACUAAAAUCAUGGAGAGAGAGAGAGGUCUCGUCGAUGCUCCGUCUUUCACAGUCAAAUACCUUUAUAAACACCUGCGCAUGCGCCGUGCCGGUGUUUAGCCAGUGUUUGACACCAGACCAUCAUGCCAAAGAGUCUUUGAUUGGAUUUUUUCUAAAGAGGAGAUUUUCUUUGGUCGACAAAAGAUUGGGAGAGUCAUAUAAAAAGCUUAUCUUGCAUACAUGUGAUUGUUUUUGACCAUCUUGAACAAUUUUGAUGUUUUAACGUAAACUUUUACUGUUGAAGACACAGUAUUUGAGUUGUGAUAAUGAUUUUUAAAUUACGUUUAUAAAAAUUAGAGUCAACUUUGAUAGUUCAAUUAUCAAAACAUACGUAAAGAAAAACUAGUAUUUGUUUUCAAUCUAAAAUAACUUUAUUGAACUUUUUAUCAUUAACUUCUAUGAGUAAUCAAAGUACGAAUCUCUCUUGAAAAAACUC